CAUCAUCAAUUGUCAAAAGAAGCAAAUUGACGGCCAGUAAAACGUCAACGUCUGUGGAGGUGAAAAUUGUAGAAAAAAUGAAACGAACGUAAAAAGUGCUAUGGCCGUUUUGCAGGAAUUCGAACGAUUUAAUAAUACGACCAAAAAAUCACUGAAUGGAAGUGUAUUUUCUUAUGCUAAUGCGGCCUCACUUAGUGACACAAUGUCGAGCGAAAGCGAGGAAGAAAUUGUCAUGGACUUACAAGAAGAGAUUAAAAAUAUUGAAAAUGUCAUCAGUUUGACCAGAGCUAACAUUGAUGCUUUGAAUGCAAAAUUUGCUGAUUUUCCGCUACCGCCACCAAUGUAUUUGAAAGAAUAUGACGACCUAACGUGUAAAUUACACGAACUUGAAGAAAAUAAACGAAAACUAACUGAACAAAUGGGAAAUGGAAACAACAGUUGUAGAGAUUCUCACAGUGGUAGUUCAAGUAGCCAAUCAAUCAGAAGUCAAAAUUACAGCGGUUACUCAACAUUGGAGAGAGAAAAACAUUAUGUACAGAGUCCUCCUGAACAAGCUCCAUACUUAAGACACCAGUUGCCGCAAACAUCAACUCAUCAUACAACACCUAGAUUACUAAGGGCUUUUUUACCUAAUCAGCAGAGAACCAGUGUACAAAUACGUGAGGGACUGACAUUACGUCGAGCAUUAGCGAAAGGAAUGAAGUUGAGAAAUCUUAGUUGUGAGAUGUGUGUGGCAUAUCUUGGGGACGAAAAUUCAACAGUUAGAAUUAAUUGGAACGUUGAUAUAAGUACUCUCGAUUGUGAUUUAGUGACAAUUAAGAUUAUAGACAAGUUUCCUAUUCCUACUAGUAUCUCUCAUAACUUUGUGAGAAAAACAUUUUUUUCAAUAGUGUUUUGUGAGGUGUGUAGAAAACUAGUUUUUACGGGAUUUAAUUGUAGGACAUGCGGCUAUAAGUUUCAUCAAAGAUGCGCUUCAGGAGUUCCUUCUUUGUGUCACCAGGCUAGAAUGACUGAUGCCUACUACAAGUACCUGUUAACUCAACCUAUGGAUUCUAGUGCGGGUAUCCUACAAGUAGGUCAAGCUGCUUUCAUCACCCGCCAGCAACCAGAAAGGCAACAUUCUUCUCUAGGUCAGCAGGAUAGAGCCAGCUCUGCACCAAAUGUCUGCUUGAAUAGUGUCAAAGGUUCGACAUUGGAAGGUGCUAGACCUUUGCCCCUUUUAGCAAAGCCUACCUCUGAACAUGAUUCUCCACACUGCAGAAGUACCCAAGCUUCUCCAACAGGAUCCCUGCAGCCUAAACGCCCAAGAGCUAGAUCGGCAGAUGAAAGUAAGCCGCUGCUCGCUCCCCGAGAAAGCAUCGAGGAUUGGGAAAUACCCGCAGACGAGAUACUGGUCGGAGCCCGAGUAGGCAGCGGAUCCUUUGGGACGGUGUACAAAGCCCACUGGCACGGCCCAGUCGCCGUAAAGACUCUAAACGUAAAAAUUCCCACCGCGGCUCAACUACAAGCGUUCAAAAACGAAGUAGCUGUUCUACGCAAAACGCGCCACGUGAAUAUCCUCUUGUUCAUGGGGUGCGUGAGCAAACCCCAGUUAGCCAUUGUAACGCAAUGGUGCGACGGAAGUAGUUUAUACAAACACCUCCACAUUGUUGAAACAAAAUUCUUACUAUUCACACUUAUUGAAAUCCAGAGGCAAAUCGCCCAAGGAAUGGAAUACCUCCACGCGAAAAAUAUCAUUCAUAGAGACUUGAAAUCGAACAAUAUAUUUUUACACGACGAUUUAACGGUGAAAAUCGGAGAUUUUGGUCUAGCCACGGCCAAGAUUCGAUGGUCGGGAUCGCAACAGUUCCAUCAGCCUACCGGGUCCAUUUUGUGGAUGGCGCCAGAAGUAAUAAGGAUGCAGGAAGAUAGUCCUUAUAGUUUUCAGAGUGACGUAUACGCUUUUGGUAUUGUUAUGUUCGAAAUGUUGGCCGGACAAUUACCGUAUUCGAAAAUCAAUAACAAAGAUCAAAUUCUGUUUAUGGUCGGUAGGGGACGAUUAACACCGGAUUUGACGUUGUUACGAAACGACACACCCAACGCUCUACGACGCUUAUUAGAACAAUGCAUCAUGUUUAAACGCGACGAAAGGCCUCUUUUUAGUCACAUAUUCUCGUCCUUGGAAAACCUUCUUAGAAAUCAACCGAAAAUAAGCAGAUCGGCUUCGGAACCAAACAUGAAUCGUACUACUCUUUCGGACGAUUUCACGUACAACUGUCAAAGCCCCAACACACCUUCAACUUAUAACAGUAAUUUCUUGUUUUACGAUGCAAUGGGCAACAUUUAAGAAUAUAAUUAAUUGUUAGAUAUUAUAUUGUUCUUAGAGUUUUGACUAUCUUGCCUCGUGUUGAAGGGUAGCUAUUGUACGUGUAAGACACUUUUACGAUGUUAUAUCAACGCCUUCUCUUAAAUGUUUUCGUGUGCAUUUAAUACCAUUAGUAAGAAAUAGUAGCUGUGGUGAUAAAAUUUUUGAGUUAAAGGUUACCUGGAAGAAAUAACAAUAUUAGGUAGAUAAGUACAUGAUGUAUAUUGACACAGAAUUUACACAACAUGUUUUAAAUUAAUGCAAGUAUUGUGAGAUAAUUCAAUAAACUUUUUUUUAUUGUUCAAACACCAAUUCAUCUUAUAUUGUGAGAAAAAUCUUUCAGUUUACUCAAUGUUUUGUGAUGUCUAGAAUUGUCCUUAUUGUAUGCUUUAUUAUGUAAAUAUUUUUUAUUUAAAAAAUUGAAGUUCAGUAAAGUCUACUGUACUUUUUUUAUUUGAAAGUGUGACAUUACGCAUAAAUAAAUAUUUUUUAUUCAUUAUACCGCUGUAUUUGCAUUAACAUUUACGCUUAUCGAAAUCCAGAGGUCGCAGAAAAAAUUGAAAAAUAUCACAGAGACUUGAAAUCAAACAGCAUAUUUUUGCAUGACGAUUUAACGGUCAAAAUCGGAGAUUUCGGUCUAGCCACAGCCAAGAUUCGAUGGUCGGGAUCGCAACAGUUUCAUCGGCCUACCGGGUCCAUUUUGUGAAAGGCGCCGGAAGUGACAAGGAUGCAGGAAGAUAGUCCUUAUAGUUUUCAGAGUGACAUAUACGCUUUUGGUAUUGUUAUGUUUGAAAUGUUGGCCGGACAAUUACCGUAUUCGAAAAUCAAUAACAAAGAUCAAAUUCUGUUUAUGGUCGGUAGAGGCCGUUUAACGCCGGACUUGACGUUGUUACGAAACGACACACCCAACGCUCUACGACGCUUAUUAGAACAAUGCAUCAUGUUUAAACGCGACGAAAGGCCUCUUUUUAGUCACAUAUUCUCGUCCUUGGAAAACCUUCUUAGAAAUCAACCGAAAAUAAGCAGAUCGGCUUCGGAACCAAACAUGAAUCGUACUACUCUUUCGGACGACUUCACGUACAACUGUCAAAGCCCUAACACACCGU